CUACGGCCUGCUGGGUCCGAGUGGGUGUGGGAAGACCACACUGUUGAAAUGCAUUGUGGGAACCCUGAAGAUCUCCCGAGGGCACAUCAGCGUGUUGGGGAAGCCGCCCGCAUUUCCUGGUCACCAGGUCCCUGGGAAGAUGGUGGGGUACAUGCCACAGGACCUGGCGUUGUACAAUGAGUUUACCAUCAGUGACACCCUGACGUUCUUCGGAAGGAUCCACGGCCUGUCAUCUACGGACACCCAGGCACGCAUGGACUUCCUGGUGGACUUCCUGGACCUACCUCAGAAGAGCAAACUAGUCCGAAAUCUCAGCGGAGGGCAGAAACGGAGGGUGUCUCUAGGAGCAGCCUUACUUCAAAACCCCCAGUUAUUGAUUCUGGAUGAACCCACAGUCGGGGUGGACCCUGUGCUGAGAGCCAAGAUCUGGCAGCAUCUAGUAGAGAUUGUGAAAACUGGAAAAGUAUCAGUCGUCAUCACCACUCACUACAUAGAGGAGGCCAGGCAAGCCAACGUGGUGGGUCUGAUGAGGAAUGGCCGACUGUUGGCCGAGGGACAUCCAGAAACCAUGAUGAAACAGCACAAUGCACCGACCCUGGAGAAAGCCUUCCUGCAGCUGUGUGAGACCUCAGACCAGGUGGGCUCCAAACACAGCACCUCCCCUCUGGGCGGGGUCCUAGAGAGCAGCCAAUCAUUCGAGAGCGGCCGGGACGAGAGUCUACCAAUCCUGGGAGCCGGAUCGGGACCAGUAGAAGAGCUGCCCAAAUACUCAGCGGACUGGAAGGUACGAGUCAGGCAUGUGAUGCCAAAGUGGAGGAACAUCGCAGCUCUGAUUAUCAAGACCACGGUGCGGAUGAAGAGAAUGCCAGGGUCCCUAUGUUUCCAGUUCCUUCUGCCAGUCAUCCAGAUCUCUCUGAUGUGUCUGUGUAUCGGAGGAGACCCCAAAGAAAUACAGGUGGCUGUGGUCAACAAUGAGACCUCUUCCAGCUCCUAUAGCCAAUCCCUGCUCUCCUUCCUGGACAACUCCAGCGUGCAACAGGUGAACCUGUCCCAUGCUGAGGCUUUUGCAGGGGCCUAUAACGGAGAGUACUGGGCCGUCAUCGGGUUUGGAAAGAAUUUUACCAGCUACCUGACCAAGAGGAUGAUCCAGAGGCAGGUCUCUAAGGAGGUGGUGGAUGGAGGGUCGGUGCACGUCUGGUUGGACCUGACCAAUCAACAGAUCGCCAUGAUGCUUCAGAAGAAACUAGCAGAUGCCUUUGAGGACUUCGUCCAGUAUAAGAUGGGGAGCAUGUCUUACCUGGUCUCUCUUCCUGUCAAGUUUGAGGAGCCCAUCUAUGGCAGCAUGAACUCAGACUUCACCACGUUUGUGACGCCAGGAGCCGUUCUGAGCAUCACGUUCUACCUGGCAGUGGGCUUGACGGCUCUGUCCUUCGUGAUAGAGAGGAAGGAGGGACUAAUGGACAGGUGCUGGGUUGCAGGUGUUAGUUCGUUGGAGACUGUGCUGGCCCAUCUCAUCUCCCAGCUGUUUGUCAUCAGCAUCCAGGUCAUUCUACUACUGCUCUUAAUGCUGCUCGUCUUCAAGAUCCCUAAUGAGGGGAGCCUGGUGUUGGUUAUAGCUCUGAUUGGGCUGCAGGGUGUGACUGGCAUCUCCUUUGGUCUGGUCAUCUCAUCCGCCAUCGAUGACGAACAGAACGCCAACCAGGCUGCCCUUGGUAUCUUCUACCCCAACCUCAUCGUCAGUGGUAUAAUCUGGCCUGUGGAGUGCAUCCCCUAUCCACUACGUUACAUCAGUCUGGCCCUGCCCCAGACCUACGCUUCUGAAGCCCUACGAUGCAUCAUGUACAGAGGCUGGGGUCUCUCCAGGAUGAUGGUGUGGCGAGGCUUCGCUGUCACCCUGGGCUGGAACACUUUCUUCGUCAUCCUGGCCAUCGUCAUCCUCAAGCUGAGGACCUGAGACGUCUAUCCAGGGGGGGGGCUUCCUAGUCUCGGGAUGUCUGUGUCGGGGGACACUGUGCUUUAAGGGAGAAAGUGCUGGUUUUCCAGAGUUCAUCUUGCAGACAGACCCACACCGACACGCACAAUCACACCCCCUCCUGCUUGCCAACUAGCCAACCCUGAGAACCAGAGUCUAUGGGUGAAGGACUACUAGGUGGGGCGAUUCAUUCCAAAUCUUGCAGGUAGAAAUCUACUUCAUAGAAAGGAUAGCGUUCGCUAUUCCAUUAGAGAGUUGUGGCUGCUCUUUUAUGUUGUCGUCUUUCAUGCUGCAAUGCUUUGAAUGUUUCAACCGCCUGAAUCUGCCCUGCAGGCAAUGUUUCUCAACCCAGUUGUUUUACAGCCUAUUCUAUUACAUACAGCCCAGCUAGCACAUUUGGUUCCUUUGAAGUUGUAGGAACGUAUGUUUUUGGUUUCACAUUGGUUGUGGGAAGGAAGCCAUAGUUUCCUGACCAGUAAAACUGAGAAGAGAAGUUCCAGGAACAAGAUGAAUUGUCACGUCGUACGUCUCUGAACUAUGUGAGAACGUUCCCAAUGUCAAACCAGUUGGAGAACAUUACCAACAUUGAAAUGAAAUGUAGCAGUAUUUGAACUUAUAUGAAACGUUGAAAUACUUAACGUAAUGAAAUACCAAAAUACAUUUUUGUUGUUGUCAAGUU